AUUAUUGAGAAAUGAGGUUAUAUUUAUUUUAAAAUCAUUUGCAAGUUGUUGAAAAAUAAAUAUAAAAAUUAAUUGAAAUUAAAAUAAAUCAACAUUGACGUUACAAUUUGUAUUCAAGAAUUAAGAAAACUUUGUUAAAAAAAUUUAAAAAUAACUACAAAAAAUAUUGAAAAUUGCAAAAAAAAAAAACAAGACUGAAUCUAAAUAAAUAUUGAAAAAAGAAAUUUUAAUAAUUAAAUUUUCAAAAUGAGUGGUAAUUCGGUGGGGAAAAUUAAGGAUAAAAUAUUGGGUGUUGACGACGAAUCAACCAGAGGGAGUUAUCAACGUGUUAGUGGAAAUGAAGUAGAUGAUUCUACCGGUGGGAAUUUAACAAGUACUUCAGUAGAUUUACUAUCAUUGGAUGAUAAUUUGUUAACACAAAAUCCACAACAACGUCAACAAUCACAACAACAAACGCAGCAACAACAGCAACAGCCACCGUUAGAUAUAUUACGUAAUCCAUUUGAUGAUAAUGAUUUACGUUUUACACCGGAACGUGAAGGUGAUGAUGGCUUUAAUGAACCACCAUUUGUUCCAUUGCCUCCACCUUCAACUGGGAAGCCAACACAGCAACAACAACAACCGUCAUCGAAAAGACCAAGACCAGAACCUUCAACAAAAUUUCGACAAAAUGAAAGUUUUGAAAGUGAUAAUUUCACCAGUAACCAAAAAAGUUCAUCAAAACAAUCAUUAAAAGGUUCAAGAGUAUCAUUUCAAAAACAACAACAAGAUAGUAGUGAUGACGAAGAUAGCUUUGAAGAUAAACGUGAUUUAUUCCAACAACAGAGAACAACAAGUGUUGACCAUAAAGGGAUAUUAAAGGAUAUUCAUAAUUUAGCUUAUGAUAAUCGUAGACAAUUUCAAUCCAAAAAACAUGUUUCAUUGGAUGUUAAAGGUACAGCAAAUAUAUUGGAAGAUUUACUUAAUGAUUCAUCAGAAGAAGAAAAUUUUAAGAAUAAACGUCGUGAUUUUCAAAAUAGAAAACAUCAAAGUUUAGAUCCAAGAGUUAGUUUUAAAUUGGAAAAAGCAUUACUUGGUACAUCAAGUACAUCUAGUGAAGAAGAAGAAGAAAUUAUUGGACCAGAUGGUGAAAAGAAAACUUUAAUACAUAAACAUCAUCAUCAUAAGCCAAGGGAUAUAACAAAACCUAUUGUUAUCGAUUUAAGAGAUUUAGAUUUAAGUGAAGAAGAAGAAGAAGAUUAUGUUGAGACAAGAAAAAGUUUUCAAAAUCAACGAUCAAUUAGUAUGGAGUCAAGAAAGAGUCAUAGAUUUUUUGAAAUGGAUGAAUUAGGCAGUAAGAAAAGUCAAAAUAUAAGACAAGCUGUACCAUAUGUCAGACAGAUCACUGAAGAUGGUAAACCUAAACUUGAAGUUUAUAGAGCAACAACAAAUCCAAUUUAUAUUUGGACUCAGGUAUUAGCUGCCCUAUCAGUAUCUUUGGGUUCUAUGGUUGUUGGCUUUUCUUCUGCUUACACUUCUCCAGCUUUAGUUUCCAUGACAGAUCGCAAUAUUACAGCAUUUGAUGUAACACCACAAGAGGCUUCAUGGAUUGGUGGAUUAAUGCCAUUGGCAGGUUUAGCUGGUGGUAUUGCUGGUGGUCCUCUUAUUGAAUAUUUGGGUAGAAAAAAUACAAUUUUAGCAACAGCUAUACCAUUUAUUAUAUCAUGGUUAUUAAUUGCUUGUGCUGUUAAUGUUAUUAUGAUAUUUGUUGGACGUGCUUUAGCUGGAUUUUGUGUUGGUGUUGCAUCAUUAUCAUUACCAGUUUAUUUAGGUGAAACUGUACAACCAGAAGUACGUGGUACAUUAGGUCUUUUACCAACUGCUUUUGGUAAUAUUGGUAUUCUUGUAUGUUUUGUUGCUGGUACAUAUAUGAAUUGGUCAUAUUUAGCAUUUUUGGGUGGUGCUUUACCAAUACCAUUUUUAAUAUUAAUGUUUUUAAUACCUGAAACGCCACGUUGGUAUGUUGGUCAGGGUAGAGAAGAUCGUGCAAGAAAAGCAUUACGUUGGUUACGUGGUAAAGAAGCUGAUGUUGAACCAGAACUUAAAGGAAUUGUUCGUUCACAUACUGAAGCUGAAAAACAUGCAACAUCAAAUCCAAUGGCCGAAUUAUUAAGACGUAAUAAUAUAAAACCAUUAUCAAUAUCAUUGGGUCUUAUGUUCUUUCAACAAUUGAGUGGUAUUAAUGCUGUGAUUUUUUAUACAGUACAAAUAUUUAAAGAUGCUGGAUCAACAAUUGAUGGAAAUAUUUGUACAAUAAUUGUUGGUUGUGUUAAUUUUAUUGCAACAUUUAUAGCAACUAUUUUAAUUGAUAGAUUGGGUAGAAAGAUUUUACUUUAUAUUUCUGAUGUUGCUAUGAUAAUUACUUUAUUUACACUCGGUGGUUAUUUUUAUUGUAAAGAUCAAGAAAUGGAUUUAUCUAGUGUAGGAUGGUUACCAUUAGCAAGUUUUGUUAUUUUUGUACUUGGAUUUUCAUUAGGUUUUGGUCCUAUUCCAUGGUUAAUGAUGGGUGAAAUAUUACCAGGAAAAAUUCGUGGUACUGCAGCUAGUGUUGCUACAGCAUUUAAUUGGGCUUGUACAUUUUUAGUAACAAAAACUUUUCAAGAUUUAAUUGAUGGAAUGGGAACGUAUGGUGCAUUUUGGCUUUUCGGUUCAAUUUGUGUUGUUGGUUUAUUCUUUGUUAUAAUAUGGGUGCCAGAAACACAGGGUAAAACUUUAGAGGAUAUUGAAAGGAAAAUGAUGGGACGUGUAAGACGAAUGUCUUCAGUUGCUAAUUUGAAACCGUUAUCAUUUAAUAUGUAGAAAUUUACAAAAUAUUAUAAAUUUAGAAAUAUUUAAAUUUUAAAAUUGGCACAAAAUUAAAAUAGUUAAAUACAAACAAAAAUAUUCAUUUUGAAAUAUCGUAUAUUGUACAAAAUAAAUUUUUUCUGAGAUUUUAUUAUUAAAUAUUCAUAAGUAUGUAAAACUUAAUUGAAACCAAAAAAAAAACAAAACAAUUUUUUUUUUUCAAAAUUUACUCAAAAUAUUUAAUAUUAUGUAUGUAAAAAUACCAAACCUUAUAACACUGUUAAGAAUCUCUAGAUUUGAAAAAUUUUAUUAUUAAAUAAAAAUUUUUGAUUAUUAAAGUAUAAAAUGUAAAUUAUAUU